AUGGACAACCCUGGAAAGUUAUAUUCUCCCCCAGUGUCCAAGAUCGAUUUCGAAGAGCAUGAUAGUUCUGCAAGGCACGUGGUGGACGAUGAUAGCAGCUCCAGUCACACUUCCAUUAAAGGGAAUACGGCUUUUCUCACAGAAGGUCUCGACGACUUCUAUGUCCCAAUUGACAAAUACGAAGGGCGCCAUAGAUAUGACCCCAAGUUUCGCUGGGACGAACACGAAGAGAAAAACUUGGUUCGCAAGAUUGACCUCCGCAUUUGCACCUGGGUUUGCCUGACGUUCUUCGCGCUACAGCUUGAUCGUGCAAAUAUCGUGCAGGCUCUUUCUGACAACAUGCUCAAAGACUUAAAUCUCAACACCAACGAUUACAACACUGGUCAGACAAUUUUCUAUGUUAGCUUCUUGAGCGCGGAAUUGCCAUCCCAGCUGAUAUCAAAGAAGCUGGGACCAGAUCGGUGGAUUCCAAUGCAGAUGAUCAUGUGGUCCUCAGUCGCUAGCUUUCAGGCAUUUCUGAACAGUCGUAGAUCGUUCUUUGCGACCCGAUCGCUGCUAGGACUUAUCGAAGGUGGUUUCAUUCCGGACACUAUCCUGUACUUGUCCUACUGGUAUACCGGUAAGGAGCUACCACGGCGACUGAGCUACUUCUGGACAUCAUCUCAGUUUACAAACAUCGUCGGAGCAUUCUUAGCGUUCGGGAUUCUCCGAUUGCGGGGCGUCAAUGGCAUGGGCGGAUGGCGGUGGCUGUUCGCAAUCGAGGGCACCCUCACAGGAUUGAUUGGCAUUGCAACCUAUUUUUAUAUGCCACCGUCUCCAACGCAGACGGCAUCACGUUUCCGAGGUAAGGAUGGUUGGUUCAACGAGAGAGAAGAAAAGAUCAUGGUAAAUCGCGUUCUCCGUGAUGAUCCUUCCAAAGGCGACAUGCAUAACAGACAGGCUGUCACACCAAAGCUGCUAUGGCAGUCAUUUCUUGACUGGGAGAUGUGGCCCAUCUAUCUACUAGGCCUUUCAUUUCUGAUCCCCAAUCAUCCGAUCACAAGCUACCUCACGCUACAGUUGAGGGCGAUCGGAUUCGGCACGCUUCAAACCAAUCUCCUCAGCAUCCCUGCCUAUGUGCUCUUCAUCGCCGGUCUCCUUUUCUGGACUUGGGUUUCUGAGGAGACGAACGAGCGUUUCCUAACCGGUCUCGUAAGCCAGAUCUGGAUGCUACCCCUGUUGGUAGCGCUCGAAACGAUCCCUAGCAGUGCAAGCCCCUGGACUAAAUAUACGCUUUCGAUGUUGCUGGUCGGAACACCAUAUGUGCAUGCCAUCAAUGUCGCCAUAACCUCCCGGAAUGCCGGCUCGGUAAGAACGAGAACUGUUGCAUCUGCACUGUACAACAUGUUCGUGCAAGCAAGUAGUCUAAUAUCGCAGAAUAUCUACCGCGAAGAGGAUAAGCCGAUGUACAGAACUGGCAACAAGAUCCUCCUCGCUAUUUGUGCCUACAACUUCUUUCUCUUCAUUGGGGCCAAGCUCUUCUACGUCUGGCGCAAUAGAGUCCGUGAAUCAAGAUGGAAGGAGAUGAGUCACGCGGAGAGAAGUACAUACCUUGCGACUACAAAUGAUAAAGGCAACAAAAGACUCGAUUUUCGAUUUGCACAUUGA